UUUGGACUAAAGCUGCUACUGACGCUGUGGCUGUUGUUGUUUGUGUUUUCGAGUGACGUGAGGUAGUCCCAGGAGCAGGAGGGAAGCCCACAGCAGCAGUCACAGUAGGUGGCCAGUAGUACGAGUCUCUUCACCGGAGGUUGGUCGGUUGGGGAGGGGGGGGGCAACAUGUUUGACUGUAUGGAAGCUCUGGGGAUGGGCCCCCGCCAGCUCUAUGAUGUCACCAGCCGGGGAGCGUGCAUGUUGCGGAAAGCGAGCCCCUUCUUCGCCGGCCUGGACCCCUUUGCCUGGACGGGCAGCGCCAGUGUUCAAUCGGUGGAGACCCAGAGCACCAGCUCGGAGGAGAUGGUCCCCAGCUCUCCCUCUCCUCCUCCCCCACCGCGCGUCUACAAGCCCUGCUUCGUGUGCCAGGACAAGUCCUCUGGCUACCACUACGGGGUCAGCUCCUGCGAGGGCUGCAAGGGCUUCUUCCGGCGCAGUAUCCAGAAGAACAUGGUGUACACCUGCCACCGGGAUAAGAACUGCCAGAUCAACAAGGUGACUCGUAACCGCUGCCAGUACUGCAGGCUGCAGAAGUGCUUCGAGGUCGGCAUGUCCAAGGAAGCGGUGCGCAACGACAGGAACAAGAAGAAGAAGGACGUGAAGGAGGAGGUGGUGCUGCCCGAGAGCUACGAGCUGAGCGGAGAGCUGGAGGAGCUGGUGAACAAAGUGAGCAAAGCUCACCGGGAGACCUUCCCCUCUCUGGGCCAGCUCGGGAAAUACACCACGAACUCCAGUUCUGAUCAUCGUGUACAGCUGGACCUGGGGCUGUGGGACAAGUUCAGUGAGCUCUCCACCAAGUGCAUCAUCAAGAUCGUCGAGUUCGCCAAGCGUCUGCCCGGCUUCACCACCCUCACCAUCGCCGACCAGAUCACCCUUCUCAAGUCAGCCUGCCUGGACAUCCUGAUGUUAAGAAUCUGCACACGUUACACACCCGAGCAAGACACCAUGACCUUCUCAGACGGGCUGACCCUGAACAGGACCCAGAUGCACAACGCCGGCUUCGGCCCUCUUACAGACCUGGUGUUUGCCUUCGCCGGCCAGCUUCUUCCCCUGGAGAUGGACGACACAGAAACAGGCCUCCUCAGCGCCAUCUGCCUCAUUUGUGGAGAUCGUAUGGACCUGGAGGAGCCCCAGCGUGUGGACAAGCUGCAGGAGCCUCUGCUGGAGGCCCUGAAGAUCUACGCCCGGCGCAGACGCCCCAACAAGCCCCACAUGUUCCCCCGCAUGCUGAUGAAGGUCACUGACCUCCGGGGCAUCAGCACCAAGGGAGCUGAGCGAGCCAUCACCCUGAAGAUGGAGAUCCCGGGGCCCAUGCCUCCGCUGAUCAGGGAGAUGCUGGAGAACCCCGAGGCCUUCGAGGACCAGACCGAGAGCGGCGAGAGCGGCGACAGCACGCCGCCCCCCCCCCCGUCCGCCGCCGGCGCCCCCCCUGUCCUGAAGACGGAGGCCGAGGACGAGGACGGCAGCUGGGCCACGGAGAACGGCAGCGAGCCGUCCCCGGAGGAGGAGGACGACGAGGACGAGGACGACCUGGGAGACGAGGAGCGGGACAGGGGCUGGGAGAGCGAGGGGGAGGGGGAGGGCUGGGCGGUGCUGGAGGGGGGCAGCGACGGCGGUGCCAGGAAGGGUGUGGGGAGGGCGCAGUGAAUGCAGUGUGCAUACAAAUGGGGGCCCACAUACACACACACACACACGCACACACACGCACACACAAAUACAGUGCAUACACUGUGCAUAUGUACUGUGUACAUGCAUGCUCUUAUCUUACAUACACACACAUACACACAGA